CACACACACACACACACAAACACAUACACACGUACAUGGAGGAGCGAUUGAAGGAGCUGUUUGUGUGCUGUGCACAGCAAGAUGGAAGAAUCAGAAGAAGGGGAGGCGAUAGUGGCAAUGAGGAUGGCGCUCCGGUGCUGGUGGCCAUCGACAACAUUUUGCACUACGUGCACCAGCAAGGGCUGGUGAAGCAAGCAGACCUGCCGCACUUUCGCAGCGUCCUGCAGCAGGCAGACCACGAUGAGGAUGGCGCAAUCUCUCUGGACGAGUUCCAGCACGCCAUCUACACAGCCCUCAGUGCCGCGUCUGGGUCCAUGAGUGCCUCCGUUGCCAGCAACGACAACAGCACCGAUGCAGUGCCACAACACGGAGACAACGCCACCGCUUCGACAGUCGAGACAGAUGUCCCAAAUAAUCAUAAUGCCCAAACAACAGCAACAAAGGCCGCCUCCAACGAUACAGCAACACCAUCGGCUCUGCAGGCUUCGGUAACCAGGGGCCCACCAGCAACGAGGGUCGCUGCAUCAUCACAAAGCACCGGCACCCCCACAGCCGCUGUAACAACCACAACAAGCACACUGGCUUCACUGAAUGACAGCAGGACGCGGCCAUCUAGCCGAGAGGCGUUUGGCUCACCAGCUACCCGACGACAGCCAUCUCCAGAGCGGUUGAGCGCCAAAGUCAUCUUUGAUUUGUUGGAUCCGGAAGGCAGAGGAUAUGUCAGCGUUGAGGAGCUGCAGACGCGCUGGGAGGAGUUGAGCGAAGACAUCCCGUUGCCACCAAUCCCAGAGAGCUUGGUGGAAGACGGGCAGCACGAGGAUGUCACGGCCGAGGACCUGCUGGAAGCGUUCCAGAGCAUGCACGCUGACUCCGAUGGCGAUGAGGAGGCUGACGACAUCAGUGAUAGCCGAGGCGAUGUCAGUGAGAUGAUGACAGACGCGGGUGCUGCCAUGGCCACGGCAGCGAUGACCAUGACCCUGGUCAAUGGGGUCUCGGCGCCAUCCCCGCUCUCCCGCCGUCAGGACGGACCUCCCGUCACAUCCACCCCAGCCCACCAUCUCACACGACCACACCUUCCACCCCACAUGGCCCAAGCACAGCAGCAAGAACACAACCAACACCACCAACACCCCCACCAUCUCCACGGCACAGCCAGUCCAGUUGGUCGCGUGUCUGCGCUUUUCUCGGGUGACGUGUCAUUGCAUCGUUCACUGCCAUCAACACCCCACAGCGCCAUGGCAUCGCCGGCCACGGUGCGGCGCAAGACGCCCUCGCGCCAGCGCGCAGCGGUGCUGGUGGACACGGGGGUGCGCCUGCUCCGCAGCCAGGUUGAGGUGUUGAAACAGCAGCUUGUGGACAAGGAUGAGGAGGUGCGACACCUGCAGCGGGAGGUCGACGCCGCUAAAGAGGCGCUGCACCACGCGUCCGACCUUGCCGACGUGCAUAUUGGUGAGACGGAGAAUCAGCUCAACGCGACCGUGUCGCUAAUGGAGGCCAAGCACCAGCGGCAGAUUGAAGACCUCAAGGCACGCCACGCAGACGCAACGAGCGCGCUUCGGCUGCAGGUGGACAGGCUGAACGAGCAGAACGCAAAGCUCGCCGGGGAGCGGGAGGAGCACGUGCGCCAGAUCAAGGAGCUGCACGUCGACAGGGCGAAGCUGCUGACAGAUAAUCAGCUGUUGCGGGAAUCCAUGCACGAGCAGCACAAGGCGAGCGCCGCAGCGGCCAGUGACCUCAACAAGCAGACGCAGCUUGUUAGUCAGCUGGUGGAGCUGCAAGACGCACAUGCGCUCAAAGCGCAGCGCAUCAACGAGCUCGAACUGGAAGCCGCGCAGCAGCAGGACGAAAUUGCUUCCCUCAAGAGCGUGCUUGGGGAGGUGCGCGGACAGCUUGCAAAGUCUGUGCUGGCGCAGCACGAGCAACGGUGGGAGACGACGGAGACGCUCGCGGCGGAGUUGAGCCGCAUGGACAAUGAGGCUGAAGAGCAACUGCGCAACAAAGCGGAGGAGAUGCAGCAGGCUGCACAGGCAUCGGAGAAGCGCGUCUCUGUGCUCCUCAAGGAACUCGCGAGCGUGCGGGAAACCAAGACGGCGCUCGAGGAGCGUGCUGGGCGGAUGCUGGCGCAACUGCGCAACCUGGUUGGCCAGCAGCGGUCGUACAUCGACGAGCUGGAGACGGAGGUGGCGUCGAAGAAGCUGCGCAUGGAGGUGCUGGCUCUCGAGCUCUCGCUGUCCAAGAUUGGCGGCGGCAGCGGCAGCAGCGGCAACGGUAUUAACAGCAAUCAGAGGAGUGGUGAUGGGGAGCAAGGGGACACAUCCGGCAGAAGCGUUGGGAUCGAAGCAAGUGCCCCAGCACAUGGAGGCGACAGUGAUGUUGUGGGUGAUGGUGGCAGAGGAGUGCCUGACGCUGACGCUGGGGCGUAUGAGGACUUGGAGAAGCUGUUGCAAAUGGCGAGCGAGGUGGAGGGCGGCAUUGCGGGAGAGGGGCGGACUGGCGAUGACGGUGAUGGCGACGAUGAAGUGGUGGCGGCCAUGUACGAGGCAUUGGCAAGUCCACAGGCUGCGGCUGUCCGUGUGGACGCCAAGCACCUGGAAAAGUGGCUUAGGCGGCGACGCGAAAGCAGGCGCAGGGAUAGGAGGCGCAGCUCAAGGAAGAGUGCAAGGACAUCGGCGGCAGAGCUCGUGCCUGCAGGCAAGGUGGGCCGCGACGACAGCGCGGGCGUGUCAUCAUCACACACACCGCGUCGACGAGCAACCUGGGCAAGGGAAGGCGGCGGCAGCCAACACAGAUUGGGCAGCCGAGAUCCAGCAGUGACAACAGUUGCAGACAACGUACAAAGCAGUAGAACAGCGCGAGCAAGCGCAACAGCAGCGACAUCAUCAGCGUUUGCAUUCGCGGGGCGCAAGAUGUCUGCACCAUCAGCAGUCGGUCGCCCUUUCGCUGGCUUGCACGAGUGGCUGCAGGUCAACACAGACACACACACGCGCCGUCGAUCAUCGAUUCAGGCCCUCAAGCAAGCGUUGCAGGGGGCAUCGUGACACAGUGCGAGGCAAAACUAUUCAUCGAGGUGGAGGGGCGAGGGGGAAGUGUGUGCGUGCGUAAGUGAGUGAGUGUGUGUGUGAGAGAGUGUGUGAAUGAGUGAAUAAGUGAGUGAGAGUGAGUGUGUGCAUUGUGUGCGUGUGUGUAUUGAUUGAGGAAAGACGCAGAGGGUGCGCGCAUGUGUAUUGUAUGAAGUCGAUUGUGCAUUUUAAUGUGCAUGGACAUGAAUGGUUGUGGAAUACACACAAGAAGCAAGAAAAAAACAGCCA